UGGUUUCCUGGUUUCAAAUAAAUUUCUGACGUAGAGACGUCUGUUGCAUUGCAUAAGGUGCUAGGCUACACCACAGUGUGAAGCUUCUAAUUCAAACGUACAGUGAGGGCAGCGACGACGAAGGAGGAGUUGAACACAAGAUCCGAGCAAAAACUUCCCUUGUCAAUGUCUAUGUGGGCCUCGCGGUGUGCAGCACGUCUGGGACAGAAACACUUCGGAUUGUAAAAAUAAACUAAAGUUAGUGACUAACAAAAGAGAGGAGCAUGUACAUUCAAACACGGAGACAUUCGUUUGAGUUGUUAUUCAAGUGUGUAACGGUUAGUUAAAAUAAUGGAAAUUGGGGAAGUAUGGAUUUGCGCGUUAUUGAACGACUUGGAGAGUGCGCACCCACGGAAAGGGUAACCACAUGCAAACGGAUUGGGAGAGGAGGACACUGGUGAAGAAGUGACUAUUUAAUCCCACAAAGAAAUUGUGAGAGAAUUGUGACAGGUAUGAAUAACGGCACGAUAAAAGAUGGGCCCCGAGAGCCUACUAUUCCGGUGAUUAUGUUUAUUUUAGGAGUGGUGGGGAAUGUCAUCGCCAUCGUGGUGCUCCGAAAGUCUCGGAAAGAACAGAAGGAGACCACCUUCUACACGCUGGUGUGCGGACUUGCAGUGACCGACCUUUUGGGCACGCUGCUGGCCAGCCCGGUCACCAUCGCCACCCGUGUGCAAGGGAAGUGGCCGGGAGGAGAGUCACUGUGUCAGUACUCCGGCUUCAUCCUUCUCUUCUUCUUUCUGGUCGGCCUCAGCAUUAUCUGUGCCAUGUCCAUAGAGAGAUACUUGGCCAUAAAUCAUGCAUAUUUCUACAACCAUUACGUGGACCAAAGACUUGCUGCGUUGACGCUUGCGGGAAUCUACAUCUCCAACGUGCUGUUCUGCGCGCUGCCUGCCAUGGGACUCGGUAAGGUGAAAAAGCAGUUCCCAGAGACCUGGUGCUUCAUCGACUGGCGGACUAACGACUCCACGCACGCCGCCUUCUCCUAUAUGUAUGCCGGGGUGAGCUCUUUCCUCAUCCUCACCACGGUCAUAUGCAACGUGCUGGUGUGCGGGGCGCUGAUUAUGAUGCACAAGCGGUUCAUCCGCAGGACAUCGCUGGGUACGGAACAGGGAGGUCGCAUAGCUGUCCUCAGGCGCAGACGGAGCUUCCAACGCAUGGCCGGAGCAGAGAUCCAGAUGGUCAUUCUGCUCAUCGCUACCUCCGUGGUGGUUCUCAUCUGCUCCAUACCAUUAGUGCUGCGGGUGUUUGUGAACCAGCUGUCCAUGGUUGCGUUCGACGCCCAUUCAACUCCCCUAGAGAAGAACCCAGAUCUCCACGCCAUCCGCAUUGCCUCCAUCAACCCUAUCCUGGAUCCCUGGAUCUACAUCCUGCUGAGGAAGACUGUCCUGCUGAAGCUGGUGGAGAAGAUCAAGUGUCUGUUCUGCCGUAUGGGCUGCCGGGGGCGGGGCUCAGGGGUCAGGGGUCAAUUCCGCUGCGGAGGUGAAGGUCAUCCGAAUUCGUCCAUCGUAUCCCGAGAUUCACCGUCGCUGGUGUCCCGCGAGCUGAGGGAGGUCAUCAGUACUUCACAGACGUUUCUUUAUUUGCCAGAGGGGACCGGGGGGGGGUCUAGAGGGACAGGGGGAGAGGGAAGACCCAGGCCCCCGGCUGUGGAGUGCUCCCUGCUACAGGACCAACAGACACCAGGGGGGAAGGGGAUGCAAAAUGAUUCCAAAAAGGGCACUUUAGGCUCCAGUAUAUCAAUGAGGACAGAUGGGACAGUUGACCCUUCACCUCUGAACAGGGUGCCAUCGGUCAGAAAAGACAAGACUCUACAUGUGACGUUUACAGACGAGACACUGAACUUACAGGAGAAAUGCAUCUGACGGACACAAACACAAACUCCGCAAGAGUGGCGGAUAACACAGAAAAGUCACAGAGGGGAAAAAGGACGUCUAAUAGCCUUAAAGGUUGGGACUUCUGAAGGGUUAAACUCAUAAGGAAAAUGUUUCCCUGUGUCGUGUUUGUACUCUUAUAAAAACAACUACAUGAAACAAAUAAGACUGGGAGUUGGUUGAGUUCAUCAGUGAUGCUCCUAACUGAAGCAUGAUGUCCUGUUUAGGGUUCGGUCAAAAUGUCACACGGUGCCAAAGUGGAUUGUAGGAGAUUGGAUCUAUUUACAUAGAUCAUAUAUUGGAUCUAUUAUAUAUGUCACAUUCUUAUUACAAGAAUACCAAUAUAAUAUACCAGCACACACAUCAAUAAUGAACAUAAAAUGUAAUUUCAACUUUAUAAAGACAAUAAGGAGAUUUCAUUGCAUUUUUCAAAAACUCAAACCCACUGAAAGGCACUAAAUGCUACCAUGCUAUCAUAGUGCUAUCUGAGAUCCUUGGGACGUCCACACCUCCUAAACCCUAAAUAAACCAGAACAUUUUAAAAUUUCAACUACAAAGAGGUAGGGACAUCC